AUGGGCAGAUCCUCCCGAGGACAUCCGAAGGAUGCGCAAAAGAUUGUUCGUUCAGAGCCCUUGCCUCGCUUACCGCGGCCACGUUUGGGCGCUGUCACGUCGGCGCUGGAAGUGAAACGAUGCGUCGCCGGGAAGCUGGUGCUACUGUUAGACCAUCGCGAGGUGGGCGCCAGCAAGGAACACACCUUGAAGGGCGCCAUGUUCAGCGAGCUGCAGAAACGUUUGGGGCUGGCCGUGGAGGCGCGGUCGCUGCCACUGGGCGAUGUCUUGUGGAUCUGGAGAAACGAGGUCACCGGAGAGGAGUUGGUCUCCGGUUGGAUCGUGGAACGCAAGACCUUCGCAGAUUUGAGCUCAUCCAUUUGUGAUGGACGUUACGAUGAACAGAAGGGCCGCUUGCUGGAGGCUCCCAACCUCCGCGGCGUGAUUUUCCUGGUGGAGGGCAACGCUCCCUUGUUCGGCGUCGAAGAUGGUGCUCCAAAGAGCAGCCGUGGCUUUGGGCAGCGCCUCGGGCCGCGGCUAUCAGAGAAGGCACUGGCCACCAGUGCCACCAAUACGCAGCUGAUCUCAGGCUUCAACGUUCUGCAUUCUGCAUCCAUCCCGCAUAGCGUUUCCCUCUUGGUGGCCUUGCACAAUGCCUUGGCUCGCGACACAGGUGAUUUGCAAGGGGUGAGCUAUCAAGACUUUGCCGAGCGCACCCAGAAACACGGCCAGCGCCGUGUCUUUGAGGCAUUUGGUCGCAUGCUGCGGAUGGUGCCUGGCUGCGGAGCCGAAGCCACCGAGGCCAUGGUGGAUGAGUUUCAAACCCCACAGGGCUUCGCUGCAGCACUACGCGACUCCAGCGAUGCCGAGCUCUUGGCGCGGCUGAAACAGCGCGGUGGACGAGUCACGCAGCCGCUGUUGCAGCACUGCCGACGGCUCUACUGUGGGGCAUAG